AUGGCGGGCAACUCUACGAACGCUGCCAAAAUGGCAAGGUUUCUUGCCAUCAUUCAAAUUGUAACUGGGGUUUUACUUCUCGGUUUUGGCACCGCCGAUCGACUUGUUAAAGGAAGGGGAUACUACCAUUAUUAUCAUUAUGACUGGACAGGCUACGUAUACUUCGGCAUUUGGAUCGGAAUAUGGGUAAGCAAAUGUUCUCACUUCAAGAAGAUAACAAUUUUAAAUCUUCAAACACGGUCUUAAAGGAAGUAGGAUAGACGCAAGUAAAUAUAUUCUACGACUUAACUGUAUCAGCUUGAAAAAUGUACCAAACUGAUCCUAAAGCUUCUACACUAUUUUUAUUACUAAUUCGAUACAAAAGUCGUGUAAAAUACGACGAAACGAGCGACAAACAAAGGUCUUUUAAAAGAGUCUAAAUUUCACCUGCGACACCUGCGGCAAAAGAACCUGUCUAUUUCAAAGCCAUUUGUCAAGCCCACGAAAUUGAGCAUUGAACAACUUGUCAUAAUUAUUUCGUUGAGUAUUUCCUGUUUCCAUUUCUGCUCUUUUAUGAGACCAACACAACUUACAGAGGGAUCAAAACAGACAUUCACACUAUGUCAGAAGGCGUCAGCAAACUCAAUCAAUUCGAUAAUUUAUAUGACAAGGAUCACAACUAAGGCAAGCUACUCAACAAAGUCCGGUACGAAGGUGUUUUUGCACGUUGAAAAUAACAUAGACGAACGUGUUGGAAACAAUAAAUCUGCUAAAAAAUUAAGACAAGGAAUUUAUUAUGCCACUUGCUAAAGGAACCGAAGUAAUAUUUAGUUUUUGUAUACUGUCCAAUGAUCCCGAUCUGUUGUCGACAGUGGAAUUUAACCCUAAGACAUGCUAAGACAGAAAUUGUCCUCCCAGAUCACUAGAAAUGGCGUUCCAGAACAUCAAGAGCUUAAACUCUUUCUGGGGGAACAUGCAUGCAGCCAUCAGAACCCCCUGGCCGCUGACGCAUGCCGGCGCUCCCUUGAUUCGUCGAUCAUUAAAAAAAAUAUCCCGAUUUUACAUUUAUCUGCCGUAUAAAAGUGGCCUCUCAAAUGCUAAGAUUAUAGUGGUCUCUUUCGAGAGUGUCACGAUAGCAUCUCUGCCGAGAACAUGAGAGGUUGGAAGGAUCGAAAUAAAGGAUCAAUUUAGCCUUCUGGGAAACUGUCCACCUACCCCUCCCUUAAGCCAUCAUUUUGCCCUAAGUGAGAAGUAAGUGUUAAUGUUAGCUUUGGGGAGGGGUAGGUGGGCAGUUUCCCAGAGACCUAAAUUGACCCGAAAGCAAUUGCAUGCACCUAUUCAUGAUCCACAAGGCACGCAGUGCUAUAUAUAUAUAUGUUCAGUCAUUAAAAGUCCCUCAGUCGUAUGCUCCGCAUGAGUUGUGUUCAUUGAUAGGUUUCACGAAACGUUGAACAUAAUUGCACAAAAAUAAGAUGCUUACCUUGAAUAAGUGCCGUUCAAUAUUGUCAUUGCAGAUGUGCAUCACAGGGGGUCUGGGAAUACCCGGAAGUGCCAGAGAAAGAACCAGUUCCCGCGAUGCUUUCGUAAGUAAGGCGUAGCUUCACGUGUAAUUCAGCACGGUUUCCCAAAUAAAUUAUCGCCAUUUGCCUAUAAAUACAGGCCAAAUUCACGGCCGAUUAAAAUAGUGUUCUUCGUAGCUUACCUCGCUUGCCACCAUCUGAACACCUGAAACAGAACAAGAACGUCUGCGAGCAGAAAAAGCGAAAAUGUAGCCUCUGCUCGUAGGGUACAUGUGAUGCUGUUUUUGUCUUUAUUUUCUUCAAAACAAUGUAUAAUAAAACAAUUAUUAGAUUCGGUUUUUGUGAUUUCCAGAACAAUCAAGGUCUCGGCCCCGACCUUCGGCUGGGCUGAUAACACUUACCUCGACCUUGAUUAUUCCGGCUAUCACAAAAACCUCAUCCGAUAGUUUAUUGCAGGCGAAAAAAGGGAUCAGAUUUUAAUCGUUUUUAUGGUCGUUCUAAUUGAUAAGAUUUUUUGUUAUUGACCCUGCCUUCCAAGUAUCGUACUUUGUGCAGAUGAGGAUGAACGACCUUGUUGUGUGUUGAAUGUUGUUUGUUUGAAUUUAUUAAUCUCUCAGGCUGGUGUUUUCAUGGGGUUUUCGAUUACCUCGGCUGUAUUGGGAGGAGUUAUCAUCAUAUGUUACAGUAUUGCGAUUUCUGAGCUCAGAAGAUAUCAUUACUACGACGAUUACGAUUAUUACAACUACGGUUAUUAUGGGCGAUAUUAUUACAACUAUCGUGGGAAAAUGGCCAUUCUUGCCAUUAUGCUUGUCUUGGGCAUUGUUACAUUCGGUGCUGGAAUCUGGGCAGCAAUUUGCACCUGUUUGAUGAAGCCAUGCGAUUGCUGCGGACAGCCGCAGGUAAGUUAA